UAGUCGUAAAAUUUGCCGACGGGCAACGAUCCAAUCAUCAGUUGGAAGUUGGCACCGAAGAAGUGCAGUUCACAAAUUUGAACCUAUCGUCCGCGUUCCGCCGGUGAGGAUCAUCAUCAUCGUCGUCUGGAGCCUAGAGCGUCCGUCUUGCAGAUUGCUUACACAAAAUGUGUCGCCUCGCAGUGGCGAUUGGAUCGGUCGCCAUAAUGGCGAUCGUUUCAGCCCAACAACCUAUCGACAGGAUCUACUUUCCCGAAAACGAGACGUCUAUCCUAGACCUGUCCAAUCGAGCAGGAAUAGACGAAGUGGUAACUCCGGACCCUUUCGGGCCGAAUUCACCAACGCUCUCACCGAUGACGCUAAUCACAGCCCAAGGAGAUAAAUGUACCUGUGUACCAUACUUCAUGUGCAAACCAGAAGCAGAAUUCGCGGACCAGAACAAGUUUAACGAGAUUGACGUCAAUUACAAUCCGGAAAGCUGCCAGGAUGUUCUGGACGUUUGCUGCCGCGACGAGGACUCGUUGGUGGUCCCGAUGAACAACACCCCGGGAACGGUUCCUCCAAGUCGCCCGAGAGGUUGUGGGCUGCGGAACAUCGGUGGAAUCGAUUUUACACUAACAGGCAAUUUUAAUAACGAAGCCGGUUUCGGUGAAUUUCCUUGGACAGUGGCCAUCGUUAAUGUGGCUGAUGGCUCAAGUCACUGUGGUGGAUCGCUCAUCCACCCGAAUCUGGUCCUAACGGGAGCUCAUUGCGUCCAAAGCUUCAAACGAGGUCAGCUGAAGAUUCGUGCCGGCGAAUGGGAUACGCAAACGACAAAAGAACGUCUACCUCAUCAGGAACGUCUGGUUACACGCGUUAAUAGCCAUCCUGAGUUUAACCCCCGAUCGCUAGCCAAUGACGUAGCUGUCCUGGAACUGGAGAAACCAAUUGACCUGGCGGAUCAUAUCAAUGUGGUGUGUCUGCCGCCAAAUAACUACGACACGAGACGUUCGGAUUGUUUUGCCAGUGGCUGGGGAAAGAAUCAGUUCGGAAAGGCCGGUCGCUACAGCGUCAUCAUGAAGAAAGUUCCUCUUCCACUGGUGGAAUCUUCGACGUGCGAGAGACUGUUGCAGGGUACCAGAUUGACGAACCGCUUCCGGCUGCAUCAGACCUUCAUUUGUGCCGGUGGAGAACGUGGCGUUGAUACCUGUGAAGGAGACGGCGGGGCGCCUCUGGUUUGCCCGAUUGGUUCCACCAACGACAACCGUUACGUACAGGUUGGAUCCGUGGCCUGGGGUAUCGGAUGUCAUGACAAAAUUCCGGCUGUUUAUGCCAACGUGAUGCGAUUUAGGUCGUGGAUCGAUAACGUUGUGAGGACUUUGGGUUACGACACCUCUGUGUAUGAUUCUAAUUUGUCUCAGUUUUCUGAAAUUUUUGCCAGAUCGUAGGAGAUUUCUUUUUUAAUAAAGACGAUGUGAUGAAUAA